AGCUGAUUUUGGAUUGUUACGAAAUGGAAUCGAUAACUUUAUUGUAGCGUUUUAAAAUAGUCCCGAAACGAAGAUAAUAUUAUCGAUUGACAUUGGUUGAAAAUUUCAGUUAUAUUAGCCAAAUAAAAAGUUAGCCACAUGAAGAAUCGUAGUGAAUGAAAUUUAUGAAAAUAACAGUUGACAGAGUAUUAACAAAUCUCAGUUUAUCAACAAUUGGAAACAACUGAGAAAAUACCUUAUGUAAUUAAAAUGAUUUUAAUAAAUGAUUCGAAAUCAAAUAAAACCAGAAUCGCAUAACUAUCAAGCCGUAAAAGUUGAAGGGGUCCCUAAGGUCAGCAUGUAAAUCAUAAGAUGUAAAUGCAUCCACGAUUCCUGGAAGUGCAUUUAUGUGAUGCUUUCGUCGCCAACAAUGGCUCAAGUUAAUACAACAAAAUGAUUUUAGAUACCAGUAACUUCGCAACAAUUGCACGUCCUUCACUCUUUAUAAAUAAGCAUAUAGCCUCGGAUGCAUUUUGCAGACGCGGAGGUCCGUUCUUUCAAAUACUUUCAGGAGCCCGAGAUAAGAGGAUGAGCCCCCUGAGAGAUGUUUUUCAGGACAUUCAGCCGGUAACACUGCACCUCCCGGAGGAGAGCGCCACCUCCAGGCUGUACUGCGGCGCUGCGGAGGGGAUGGAGGCUCGGGUGUCGACCCUGGUGGAGGCCUUCCUGGUGGAGGUCUACCGCUGUCGGGUGUGCCAGUUCACCAGCAGCCUGAAGGCCAGGAUCAGCACGCACGUGGCCGAGAGACACGACCUGGGCCGCGCCUGCCAGCGCCCCCUGUCCUGCCUGGGGAAGGACGACGGCGAGAGCCUGGACGUGGAGGUGGGGGUUGCCGACGGGGAGCUGGACGGCAGCAGCUCCCCCUAUGGCCUGGAGGACGACCUGCACUCGGGCGCGAAGGACGGCGAGGACCACAUCGACCACAUGGGCCUGGAGCGCAUGUCUUUCCUCCUGCCGAUGUACAGCAUACUGCAGAAUAUCAGCCCCCAGUCAUGUGACAUGGGUCUUGGCUCCAACUCCGAUGGUAGCCUCCAUGUCGCUCACACUUGCGAGGUGAGCACACUGUUUGAGGAAGAGGGGGGUGAGGCCGAAGAGGAGGCGGCUGAGUUCCAGCUGGAGGACCCCGGUUCGGUGGAUCUGCCGGGCGCCCUGUCUUACCCGAUGGACUCUGUGGGCCCCGAGGUGCAGGACGAGGAGAUGGCUCAGUCAGCCCACCUCAUGUCCCUGGGCCUGUGCAGGAUCUCCAACAUCAAGUGUCUCCCCCGAGCCAGGACCCCCGAGCCCCCGUCCAGCCCGGUACCUGACCGGGGCCCGGAGGACGCCCCCCUGGCGGAGAAGCCGCCCCCGCCGGCCCGUACGGGCGCCCGAAAGCCGUCGGGGGCGCGGGGGCUGUCGUGCGUCCUGUGCCACGCGGACCUGGCGUCCCGCGGCCAGCUGGAGGCGCACCUGCGGUGCCACGACGGCGAGCGGGGGUUCCGGUGCCCCCGCUGCGGCUGGGCGUGCGCGGCGUGGCCCCGGAUGGAGCGCCACUGGCGGGCGCACGGGCGUAGGCGCGGGGGUAGGCCCCACCGCUGCCGGCUAUGCGCCCGGGCCUUCCGGACCGCCGAGUCGCGCGACGCCCACCAGCGGCGCCACGCCCGGCGUAAGGGCGACGCCGUCCUGCGCUGCCCCCGCUGCCCCGCCCGCUGCCGCUCCGCGCGGGAGAGGGAGCUGCACGCCCGCUGCCACGCCCCGGGGGGCUUCAAGUGCCUCCGCUGCGGCUUCACAGACCAGUCUUGGGACUGUGUUCACAAGCACAUGCUCACUCAGCACAAACACCUGGAGGACCGGCAGACCAGUUCAGAGCAGAACAGCUCCAGCAACACGUUCUCUCACAAGGGGGCGGAGCCUGACUCCCUCCGCCUCCCAGCUGCAGAGGCGGGGCCAGAGGACGGGCGGGUGCAGAAGAAGAAGAAGAGGGCCAGGGGGUGGACGAAGGGCAGUUUGCAAAAUGGAGCCGGAGGUGGAGGUGGCGGUGGAGGUGGUGGAGGUGGGGGCACAGGUACAGAAGAGGAGGCACCAUGCAGCACAAGGAGAACCCGAGGGAGGAAGGAGUUUUGCUGCUCCCUUUGUGACAGGAAGUUCUCCUCGAAGCUGAGCAUGCGCCGGCACAUGGGCAUCCACAGGGGCGAGAAGCCCUUCCAGUGCCCGCAGUGCCAGUACAGCACCCGCCUGAAAGCCUCGCUGGUGCAGCACCUGCGCGUCCACACAGGGGAGAAGCCCUUUAAGUGCAGCCAGUGUCCGUACGCCUCGAUCGACGGCAGCUCCCUGCGCAGACACGCACGCACACACACCCAGGAGAAGCCUCACCGCUGCCAACACUGUGCCUACAGCAGCAUACAGAAGAAGAGUCUGGACCUGCACGUUCGGCGUCACCACACGGGCGAGUCCUUCCCCUGUCACCUGUGCCGUUACUCCACCCCCGACCGGCAGCUGCUGCACCGUCACCUGCGCCGGCACCACUCCUCUGAUUCGCUGGCUCAGAGGCCCCGCCCACGCAGCCCUCCGUCCGGGGGAGGGGCCGCCACGGCCGCCGCCUCUCCGGCCCUGUCCCCGAGGACGUCCCCCCUGCAGGACACAGAGUCGCCGAGCUCCUGACACAGGCCCUGUGGGGUGUCACUCUGCUGGACCUCAGGGAGACUCUGGCUCGCUCCACAUCGCCCCUUUUUAAACAGCCCUGUGUUUUCUUUGCUUGGUAUCUUCGCCUGUCUGUCUUUUCUACUUCUCUCUCGGAUUCUGUCUCCUAUUCCCUCUCUCUCUUUUUGUCUCUCUCUCUCUGCCCCUCUUCCUACCCUUCUCUGUCCCUCUUCCUCUCUGUUUCUCUCUCCUCUUUUCCUUCUCUGCCUCUGCCCCUCCCUCUCUUUAUCUCUGUCUCUGUCACUAUCUCCCUCCCCCUCAAAUACCCAGUUCAUCCAAACCUUUCAAUAUACAUACAAUACUAGAGCAAGUCACAUGACCAUGAGUGGUCACGUGACCUGAGUCAGGCUACAGUGUACUUCACCUUACUCCCUUCAUGAGCCCCGGCAGAUUCCCAUGCAGGGGACGAUGAAUGCACACGUACAUCAUCACCAGCUGGACUGUCCCUCCUCUCUCAACUGUUGGAACCUCAUCUCAUCACAACAACAAGUCUGUUGUUAUGCUGUUUUAUCAAAUUGAUAAAUAUAUGUUUUUUUUUUGUUUGUUUUUGAUUUGCUGGUGUUUGUUUUACGGUACUCAGGGUAGAUUGGAAUGCUUUCAGUCGUAUAUGUUCUGUAACCAACUGAUUCAGCUGGUUUUUUUUUUUUUACUGGAACAUUCUCUGUAAAGCAUUGCAAUCAAGAGUUUAACAUUGAUCCAUUCAGGAUUCCAGUCGUCUGUAUGUCUCUGUACACUACAUCCUCCUCGUAUCAGGAAUUAGGGACAGUUAUUACAGUACCGUUCUCUGAUUCCCUAAUAAAGUCAUUUGCCCUCACAACGA